CCAGCCGCGGUUAUCGGGCGGCGGGGCUGGCGGGGGCAGAUAGGCUCCUUCCCCCGUUCCCCCGCUCGCCCGGGAGCCCGGGAGCCGCUGCCACGCUCUCGGAUGAGCCGCAGCCCCGGUAGCCCACGGGCGAGUCGGUGCGAGCGCAGGGCAUCCCCCCGCGGGAGGAGGGAUGCGGGGUGAGCGGCCUUAGAGGGAACCCCCGAGCCCCAGCGCGGUGUCGGCGCCCAGAGGGAUGUGGAGCCACAGAGGCAGCGGACCCUGUGACUGACACACCCCGGCAGCGCACAGCUGAAUGGAAAGACUGCAGAAGCAGCCACUGACCUCCCCUGGGAGCGUCUGCUCUUCCCGCGGGUCCAGCGUGCCCGGCUCUCCCUCCAGCAUCGUGGCCAAGAUGGACAACGAGGUGCUGGGCUACAAGGACCUGGCGGCGAUCCCCAAGGACAAAGCGAUCCUGGACAUCGAGCGGCCCGACCUGAUGAUCUACGAGCCGCACUUCAGCUACUCGCUGCUGGAGCACGGCGAGCUGCCCCGGAGCCGCGAGCGCUCUCUGUCCCCCAAAUCCAUGUCUCCUCCUCCAUCUCCAGAGGUGAUCCGGGAGUGGCUGGAGAGCCGCGCCCCCAGCAGCGCCCCGGGACCCCCCUCGCGCCAGGGCCCCGCCCCCACCCGCAGCAGCGUCCAGCACUUCCACCGGCCUGAGACCGACACCACAGAGCUCAACAUUUACAAGAAGCCCCCGAUCUACCGGCAGAAAGAGCACCACCCCAGCGCCCACCACGGCAAACAUCUCAUCGAGGACCUGAUCAUCGAAUCCUCCAAAUUCCCGGCGGCGCAGCCCCCGGACCCCAACCAGCCCGCCAAGAUCGAGACCGACUACUGGCCCUGCCCUCCGUCCCUGGCUGUCGUGGAGACGGAGUGGCGGAGGCGGAUGGCGUCCAAGCGAGGGCAGGAGGAGGAUGAGGAUGUGACGGAGGAGAUGAAGAACCUGCGGGAGCUGCAGCGCCAGGAGCUCAGCAAGGUCACCUCCAACCUGGGCAAGCUGAUCCUGAAGGAGGAGAUGGAGAAAUCGCUCCCGAUCCGCAGGAAAACCCGCUCGCUGCCCGACAGGACGCCGUUCCACACGUCUCUCCACACGAGCUCCAAGAGCUCCUCCCUCCCCGCCUCCGGCCGGAGCACCCUCACCCGGCUGCAGUCGGCAGAGUUCGGCUCGGCGGGGAGCGAGAAGGGCAGUCCCGCCCUGCAGAACGGGCAGCGCGGGCGCAUGGACAGAGGGAACUCCCUGCCCAGCAUGCUGGAGCAAAAGAUUUACCCCUAUGAGAUGCUGAUGGUGACGAAUCGAGGCCGAGUGAAGCUCCCGCCCGGCGUGGACAGGACCAGGCUGGAGCGCCACCUGUCCCCCGAGGAUUUCCUGAAGGUGUUCGAGAUGUCUCCGGAGGAGUUCAGCAAGCUGGCCCUGUGGAAGCGCAACGAGCUGAAGAAGAAAGCCUUCCUCUUCUGAGUGCUCCUCAGUCCGUGUCGCGCCGUGUCACCGCUUUAGGGCUCUCAGCCGGUUUUUAUUGGGGUCCCCCCCUCUUUUUUUCCCCAAAAUCCGCUCCCCACACCUCACUCCUCCCACAGGGUUUGGGAUUGGGGGGCUCGAACCUGCCUGGCCCGGGGUGACAGGGCUGGGGCACGGUUCAGGAUGGGAGAUUUGGGGGGCUCUGGGCUCUGUGCCCCCCCUUUUUGUCCCCCCGGGAAUGUGCCUGGCUCUGCUUUACCCGGCUGGGAGCGCGCUGGGGGGGCACUGAGAGGGUGCCUUCCUUCCUGGGGGUCCCUGCCCUCACCCCCCACCCCAGGGUGCCCCCCAAGGUGCCCCUGUGUCCCCCAGGG